CCACCACCCUCAAUUGACAGCCAACACCCUUCGCCAUGUCUUCGAAAGUUGCACAAUCGGCUGUCAAAGCCACCCGCCGUGUCAUUCCCGUGUCCGAGAAAUACACCGUCCAAUCCACCGGCAUCUACGAGCGCAUCCGCCGCAUCUUCGCCGUCGACCCAACCCGCUCCAACGGCAUCCCCCUAAACCCUCAAUUCCGCAACCCCACACCCGGCGCCCAGGACCCACGCACCAUCGACGACCGCGUCACUCUCCCCGCCGCCGACAUCGCCGGGAACCCCUACUGGAAGCGUGACACGCGCCGCAACUACGCGCGCGCGAGCGUUGUGGGACAGGGCGAGCUGGUGCAGCUACUGAGCGUGGGGAAUGCGAAGGAUGGAGCGAAGGUGGAGUUGAUUGGGGAGCAGGGCGAGAAGGCGUUGGUGGCUGCGAAGGACGAGGGAGAGAAGGGUCUUGCGGCGUUCUUUAGGGAGGGGGAUGUGAGUGGUGUGCUUGGAGAGGGAGGGCUGCCGCCGAACCCGAGUCGUGGGGGCCCAGAUGAUGCACCGGUUCGGUAUGAGAUGCCGGAGGACCAGGCGUAUCCCGCACAGUACCCUUGCAGGACAUUUGCUUAAAGAGUGAUGGAAAGAAGGAGCUGGGGAGAGAGUAGAUUGUAUAUAUGAUAGCCUUUGUCGACUGAGAGUGGAAUAAGAAGAUUCAAUGAGAG